AUGAAAAGAGAAAGAUUAAUUAAGAUAGUAAAGGUUAAUUGCAGGAUUUAUUGGGAUGAUUAUAAAAUUUUAAUCAUAUUAUAAUAUAAAUAUUUGGAAUGCAAAGUAAUUAAAUUAUUAAGAUGGAUAGAUUAUAAACUAAUAACUAAGAAGGGGGAAGGCACAUUUUCAGAAGUUAUAAAGGCUUAGUCAAUAAAAACAAGCUAAUUAGUUGCUAUUAAAUGCAUGAAACAAGUUUUUUAAACGAUUGACCAAGAAAUUCAAGCUCUAAGAAAGUUGUAAAAUCACGAUCAUAUAAUAAAAUUAAUAGAAGUGCUCUAUGAUGAACCAACAGGGAGAUUAGCACUAGUAUUCGAAUUAAUGGAGCAAAACCUUUAUGAACAUAUAAAGGGUCGAAAAGUAUCAUUAAAAUAAGACAAAAUUAGAAGUUAUACGUAUUAGUUGCUCAAAGCAAUAGAUUUCAUGCAUACAAACAACAUAUUUCAUAGAGACAUCAAGCCUGAAAAUAUACUGCUUUUAGGUGAUCAUCUAAAAUUAGCCGACCUGGGAUCCUGCAAAGGCAUUUAUUCUAAGCAUCCAUACACAGAAUAUAUAUCCACCAGAUGGUAUAGAUCACCUGAAUGCUUAAUGACAGAUGGUUAUUAUGACAGUAAAAUGGAUAUAUGGGGAGCAGGAUGUGUCCUAUUUGAAAUUACUGCAUUAUUCCCUUUGUUCCCAGGAAGCAAUGAGUUAGAUUAAGUUCAUCGGAUUCAUAACAUUCUAGGCACUCCAAAUCCUAAGGUGCUUGAUCGAUUCAGGAAACAUGCAUCUCAUAUGGAAAUCAACUUCCCUUCCAAAGCAGGAACUGGGUUAGAAAAUCUAAUUCCACACGCUCCCAAAGACUUAGUAGAUUUAAUUAAGCAAAUGCUCAUUUAUGAUCCAGAAGAGAGAAUCAAUGCAAAAUAGGCACUCAGACAUCCAUACUUUAAAGAAUUAAGGGAUUAGGAAUAAUAGAAACUAUUGGAAACCAGUCUAUAAUCAAUCAAAUUGCUUAAAAAACCUGAUGAUUCCCUUAUUGAAGAAGAAUAAAACACUUCUCACAUUUUACAUAAAAAGACUUUAUUUAAUCAAACCAAUAAAAUAUUGUAGAACUCUUUCAAAACUAGAAAUUAAUAACUCUUAGACUCAGUCAAAUUGCCAACACUUACAAAAAAAUAAGCAGACUUGAAAAAAGCAUAUGGACCUGCUCAUUUUUAAAAUAAAGAUAUAAAAAAAAAGUCUGUGUAAUAUGAAUAUGUUUUAUAUGGUAAAAAAGCAAAUCUAGGUAAUUUUUUAAAUACUAUCAGACAAAAAUGA